AGUCAAUCGAUUACGCUCACCGGACACCCACUACACAAUCCAAGUAUAAUCGACUACAGUAGUCGAAUCUUGGAUAGAAAAAAAUAGACUAUACUCAUGUCAGCAGAAGAAGCGCUCCAGGAUGUUGCAGAGAAUGAGAUCGAGUCCAACUGGGACCAGGUCGUGGAUAACUUCGAUAACAUGGAUUUGAAAGCCGAGCUUCUCCGUGGUAUCUACGCAUACGGUUUUGAGAGGCCCUCCGCGAUUCAGCAGCGUGCUAUCGUUCCUGUUGUGAAAGGCCACGACGUCAUUGCUCAAGCACAAUCUGGAACUGGAAAGACCGCCACAUUCUCCAUCUCUAUCCUUCAGCAGUUGGAUAUGUCUAUCAAAGGGUGCCAGGCCCUUAUUUUGGCACCCACCCGCGAGCUGGCUCAACAGAUUCAGAAAGUCGUCAUCGCACUCGGUGACUACAUGAACAUCGAAUGCCAUGCAUGUGUUGGAGGUACAAACGUUCGUGAGGACAUGGCCAAACUCCAGGAGGGUGUUCAAGUUGUUGUCGGCACUCCCGGACGUGUAUAUGACAUGAUCAACCGGAGAGCUCUCCGCACCGACACCAUCAAGAUUUUCUGUCUCGAUGAGGCUGAUGAGAUGUUGUCCCGUGGGUUCAAGGACCAAAUCUACGAGUUGUUCCAGCUUCUACCGCAGGAGACUCAAGUAGUACUCCUUUCCGCCACUAUGCCCGCCGACGUUUUGGAAGUGACGAAGAAGUUCAUGCGUGAUCCUGUUCGAAUUCUCGUCAAGAGGGACGAAUUGACACUUGAGGGUAUCAAGCAAUUUUACAUCGCUGUGGAGAAGGAGGAAUGGAAAUUGGACACUCUUUGCGAUCUUUACGAGACUGUGACGAUUACGCAAGCCGUCAUCUUCUGCAACACAAGGCGGAAGGUCGAUUGGUUGACGGAGAAGAUGCACUCGCGUGAGUUCACAGUAUCUGCUAUGCACGGAGACAUGGAGCAGAAGCAGCGUGAAGUUUUGAUGAAGGAGUUCCGGUCAGGUUCAUCUCGUGUCCUGAUCACGACGGAUCUCUUGGCCCGCGGAAUCGACGUGCAGCAGGUAUCUCUAGUCAUCAACUAUGACCUGCCGACAAACAGGGAGAACUACAUUCACCGCAUCGGUCGUGGCGGACGUUUCGGCCGUAAAGGUGUUGCAAUCAACUUUGUGACAACAGAAGACGUCAGAAUGCUGAGAGAUAUUGAACAAUUCUACAACACUCAAAUUGACGAGAUGCCUCUUAAUGUCGCCGAUCUCAUUUAGAUUGCCAUCUGUUUUUAUAGGCCAGACUUGCUACGAUGCCGCUCCGAAAUUGUUACGUCCAUUCUAUGAUCGUGAAAUUUUCUUGACAGUAUGCUAUGUAAAAUGUCUUGGGUCUGCCAAGCUUGUGUUUUUCUCUCUCCUACUUCUCUUUUUUUCGCAUUGUGUUAGCUGCACAUUUGCAUAUCGUACCUGUUUGUGGAAAUCCUUUCUACACGUUGCACUGCAUACGGCUUCCUGAGGGACCGUAGCCCGGGCUGAAUCCAUUGGUUCGGAGCGUGUUAAGCAUAGCCUCGACCGCUUGUUUAGUCGUCCCUGAACCUGCCAUUGGAUGAAAAUUCCAUUUGAUGAUCGAGGUCGUACAAGGCUGUACAUUA